CUGUCAGCUGUCGCUUCCGGAUGCGGCGAAACAGCGGAGAAGUAGCAAAACACCGGACGUCCAUGGAUUAAUUUAAAUGACACAAGGCCAGAGAGGACACGGCGGCGACGUGACGUCCUCUGGUGGAUUCACGAGGUCGAGUCCGCUUCCGGAGCCGCCGCCAACACUGAAGGAACUCACCAGGACGUCACUCACUCGGCAAGUGAACGACAUGGACGCGACGCGGACACGAAGCACGGCCGGGCCUUAGUAAAUAACACUUCCCUCAGUCAGCUGACCGCCUGCUCCUGCUGCUGACCGGCCACUUUGACAGUAUCCUGUGUUUGGAUCUGACUGAAGUGGAGGAAGAAGUCCUGCUCCUCCUGCUCCUCCUCCUCCUGCUCCUCGUCCUCCUCCUGCUCCUCGUCCUCCUCCUCCUCGUCCUCCUCCUGCUCCUCGUCCUCCUGCUCUGUGUUUGUGUUGGGCUCAGUGUUUCACACGUCAGCUCCUCGGUUCAACAGUGAAGGAUGAAUGGCCUGUCUCUCGGUGAGCUCUGCUGCCUGUUCUGCUGCCCGCCCUGCCCCGGCCGCAUCGCAGCCAAGCUCGCCUUCCUGCCCCCUGAGCCCACGUACACCUUGCUCCCUGACCCAGAGGCUGGCCCCGCUUCGACGGGGACAACGGGGACGCCGAGCCUGCGGGCGCGGAGUGGAGCGUCCGUCGCUGGAAGUGGAGGGGCUGGGGCUGUGGAGGGAAGGUGGAAGCUUCACCUGACGGAGCGAGCAGAGUUUCAGUACUCGCAGAGGGAGCUGGACAUGACGGAGGUGUUCCUCGCCCGAUCCAGCCGAGGGAACCGGGUCGGCUGCAUGUACAUUCGCUGUGUCCCUAAUGCCAGGUUUACAGUACUUUUCUCCCAUGGUAAUGCAGUCGACCUUGGCCAGAUGAGUAGCUUCUACAUCGGACUCGGCACUCGCAUCAACUGCAACAUCUUUUCCUACGACUACUCUGGCUACGGUGUCAGCAGUGGCAAACCCUCUGAGAAGAACCUCUACGCGGACAUCGACGCCGCCUGGCACGCCCUGCGCACGCGGUACGGCAUUAGCCCAGAGAAUAUAAUCCUGUACGGACAGAGCAUCGGUACAGUUCCCACUGUAGACCUGGCAUCACGCUACGAGUGCGCUGCCGUGGUUCUUCACUCACCUCUAACAUCUGGCAUGAGAGUGGCCUUUCCUGACACAAAGAAAACCUACUGCUUUGACGCUUUCCCCAACAUCGAGAAAGUGUCCAAAAUCACGUCUCCGGUGCUCAUCAUCCACGGCACAGAGGACGAAGUGAUCGACUUCUCCCACGGCCUGGCUCUAUUUGAGCGCUGCCCCAAGGCCGUGGAGCCUCUCUGGGUUGAGGGAGCGGGACACAAUGACAUUGAAUUAUACAGUCAGUAUCUUGAGCGCCUACGCCGCUUCAUAGGACAGGAGUUGGCGAUACAACACGUCUGACCGUCACCAGCACAGACGUCGUCAUUACAAUUUUUCCUACUCCACUUAAAGCCUCACCUCUUUUUGUCCGAGAUGGAAAUGGCUUCAAGAGUCAACUAAAGCAUCUCUCAACUUACCAUGGCACCUGAGGAUGUAAUGAGUCACAUACUGUAGUGCUCUGUUUUUGGGACACAGUAUGCCUCAAGACUCAAGUAGCAUUUAGACAGGUUUUUUUUUAGCAGAGACUUUCAACAGUAAAGCUGCCACGUGUGAGGCGGCAGCAGAUAUAAUCCUAUUCUGUGCAAUAAUAUGUGCCAGGAAAAAAAGACUUCGAAAAAAAUGUUGAAAAAUAGUUAACAGAAAAACAAGUUGAUAAAUGAUCAUGUAGGUCAGUUAAAUUGUGGUCCACAUAGAAAGUUUCUUGUCAAAUUUCCUGCCCACAGUUUGUGUGUUACUUUAAUUUCUGCUGUUUAUUCAAGUUGAUGAUGGUAAAGCACGUCGGACAGAAUUUAAAGGGGAUGAUUAGAAAAGCUUUAUGACAUGUUGUCCAAAACAUAAAUUACUAUCAAAUAUGACACCAAGAUUCCUUGUGACAUGAUAAGGCCCAACAACAUUUUUUUUUGUUUUAUUAGAAUUUGGCUGAAGGACAUUUACAGAUAUUAAGCUUUUAAUCAUGAGAAGUGGACUUCAUAGGGAGGUAGAACUGCGUAUCAUCUAACAUCAAAAGAAAUACUGUAUCGUCACCAGGGGGAAGCAUAUAUAUAUGAACACAUUUGGACUUAGAAUAGAACCUUGAGGCACACUGAGCAUCUGUACAACUGAAUGCAGUCUGAUAGAAAAGCCAUCCGAUAAAUUCAGUUUCAUAGGGGGUGAUUUGCCCAUAUUUUCGAGUUUUUAGUGGUAUGCUUUUGAUAUGCAUCACAUUGAAAGGAGUUUAUAUCCAGUCCCUGUCAUGUAUUUCAGUUUGAAGUGGCCAAAACGGCUCUUAAUCCUGGGAAAAAUGAAAAUGAUGCAUGAAGGGUUUUUUGUUUCGUGUUUUCACCAUACUGAACCUUUUGCUCAGGUAAACUUCCUUUAGACAUUUGGGUCAGUUUCUUCCACAUUUGUCUUUUUUUGUUUUGUUUUACAUACAGUGCACUAGAGCAAAGAUUUGUGAAAUCAUAUUCAUCCACCAUUUAAUCUUAAUGAAAGUAACAAACCAAACUAUGAUCCCAAAUUGAGGAAAGGAGCAAACUUUAAGUUUGAUGAGCCGUUAAAGCCUUAACUUUCGUCUUUCUUGCUCCUAUCAAUUCUCUGUACCACCUCCAAUCUGUGCUGGAACACAUUUGUAUCCCAGUGAUGGAGCGAGAUUGGCUGUGUUGAAGGAUAAUGUUCAAGAGCCUCAGAAAGAAAAUACCUCCGGCGCUUCUGUUGAGUGGAAUAUCUGAGAGUCCGUUGGCCCUUUCUUUUAAGUUUUAGUCUUGUUUACGUCUCACACUAGUAGGUCACAGUUUUAGUCAUUUGCUCUCCAUCCUUAGGGGGAAUUUUGUCCUUUCAGAUAAUAUCUUAAAACUUCAACUUUGGUGUUUUAUAACUAUAGCCAUUGUCUAAUUUUAAUUAUGAAUGAUUCUAGUAAUACAAAUCACUCCCACCCUAAUGCAGAUAAGCACAGGAAUACGUUUUAUCACAUUGCACUUGACAUUAGAAAUUAGGUGGACAGUGAUUGGCUCUGUCACAUAUCAUCUAACACAACAACAUUGCUUUUCUACAACUGUAUUGUCAGGAAAACUAAACAGCGAAUGGGCUGUGAUUAUCUAAAACCAGUCUGUCUUCUUUGGUCUACUGUCAACUUCUUGGUAACACUAUUGAUUUUUGCCACAGAAUUGAGAACAGUAGUGGUACAGUAUCUUUUCUAGCUGCUGGCGUGGAAAACUCUCCAACACGUUUUUGUUGUGGAAUAUUCUUCUUGAGCUGAUUAUUUGGGGAAAUCUCACAAAAACGUUGCUGCGGAUGUAGUCUAUUUUAUUCUAAAGCAAACUAUUACCAGAUUAUGUCAGCUGGUUGUCCCGUUGAAUUAAUUCAGGGGUGACUAAUGAGAUUAAUCAUGAUCUUCGCUGCACUCCAUCACUCUCACUGACAAAUAGAAGUGUUCAUCUUAAAGGUGCUACUCUCAGUAAUACUAAGCCACUGAAGUUCAAAGCCGUUUCCAAAGUUGGUGUAUCCAUGGAUAAAAGUUGUUUUACCUGACGAACUGAUAGAUCUGAACUUUAGACCUCGAGCGUUGCAUCGUGAAACGUAGCUGAAAGCUGAGAUUACGACUCUUCUUGUUGGAUUGUUUUCAAAGACGCGUCAGGAUUUUCAGGCUUUCUUGUCAAUGUAUGAACCAAAGUCUGGAUUUAUUAUGUGUUGUUUUUUUUCCUAGUGUACCUGCUUUUCAUGUUUGUAUCUUUGUAACCAAAGACAGAAAUGUUGAAUUUUAAGCUCUUUUACUAACUUUUUAUUUAUUUAUAUGCUUGAUCUGAUUUACUUUACCACUACACAUUUAGAUGCAAAUGAAAUGCAUACUGCUCAUAUGAUUAUGUUCUAAUCCAUGUCUGGUUUCGAAUAUCUAAGAACAGAAUUUGAAUAACAUAACUUGACCAAGAUGUUGGGUUUUGUGGAGGGACUUCAACUAAGCAAUACAAUGAGUCGGGAUAUGUUUAGAACAAUCCAGUGUGUGGGAGGAAGACGGUGAGAUGACUGGAGCUUCAGACAGAUUUUUGGAUCUCUGGCGUCACACACGUGAUUCAGUUUUGUCAUUACACAUUAUUCUCUGUUGUUUGUUAUGCUGACUUAUUUUUAGUUUUGAAGCAUUCUGUCAAUUUCCAAGAAUUAAAGAAAACAUGAAGCUAAUAAAACAUAUUUGCAAAUUGAUAAUUAA